AUGAGCGAAACUUCCGCUUUGAAAAGCCCUCAAGAGGAGUUAUCCUCUCUAAAAACUCAGCCGACGGCACCCGAUGGGCUCAUCAACACGCAAGCAGGGAGAAGUUACUGGCAAAACGCCGAGGCCAGCACGGAUGGCAUGCUGGGCGGCAUCCCGACCUUCCAAGCAUACAGCAACAUUUCACGCACCGAUAUCCUGGGCUCUCGCUCAUUUCUAGCGAGGUUAAACAUAGGCAUCAAGGGUAGCCGCUAUACCGUCAAGACCGCUGUCGACGCUGGCGCCGGAAUUGGAAGGAUUACAAAAGAUUUACUGCUGUCCAUUGCAGAUGAAGUUGACGUGAUAGAGCCCAUUUCACGCUUCACCGAGCCGCUCAAGGGCACAAAAGGCGUGCGCCACAUUUUCAACGUCGGGCUCGAGGAGUGGCAGCCCGUCGCGGGCAGCGAGUAUGAUCUCAUCUGGACGCAGUGGUGUCUGGGACACCUCAACGACGAGCAAGUCGUCAAGUACCUGCAAGUCUGCAAGACGGUCCUCACGCCAGGGACGGGCUGGAUCAUUGUUAAGGAAAACUUGAGCACCGGCUUGGACGACAUGUUUGAUCCAACAGAUAGCAGUGUCACAAGACACCGACGACGCGGCGGUAAAGAUGCCGGCUACGCGGGCAAGGCUUCGCGCCUAAGCAGCAUCGUCAACCUCCUCAAUACCAUUGUAGGAGCUGGGACCCUCACCAUGCCCUUCGUGCUUUCGCACAUGGGUAUUAUGCUAGGUGUCGUCCUUAUCCUCUGGUCUGCCUUCACAUCGGCCUUUGGCCUCUACCUCCAAUCGCGAUGCGCCCGAUACCUCGACCGCGGCACCUCGUCCUUCUUCGCCCUCUCCCAGCUGACCUAUCCCAACGCCGCCGUCAUCUUCGACCUCGCCAUUGCCAUCAAGUGCUUUGGCGUCGGCGUCUCCUAUAUGAUCAUCAUCGGUGACUUGAUGCCCGGCGUCAUGCAGGGCCUAACAAGCCACACCGACAACUUUCCAUAUCUUGUCAACCGUCAUUUCUGGAUCACCGCGUUUAUGCUCCUUGUCAUCCCGCUCGCCUUUCUUCGCCGGCUCGACUCGUUAAAAUACACCAGCAUUGUCGCACUCGUUUCGAUCGGUUACUUAAUUGUCCUCGUUGUUUAUCACUUUGCUGCCGAUGCCCAUGCUGACCCCAGUGACAUUCGCGUCAUUGAGUGGGCCGGUGCCGUCGAGACGUUGAGCACUCUGCCAGUCGUGGUUUUUGCCUAUACAUGCCACCAAAACAUGUUUUCGAUUAUUAACGAAAUCGGGGACAAUACGCCUGGCAGUAUUGUUGCGGUGAUAGGCAGCAGCAUUGGCUCUGCUGGCUUUAUCUAUCUGCUUGUGGCCAUCACUGGCUAUAUAACUUUUGGCAACUCCGUCGUCGGAAACAUCAUCAUGAUGUACGCUACUGGAGUUGCUUCCACCGUUGGUAAGGCUGCCAUUGUCGUCCUCGUCCUUUUCUCGAUUCCGCUCCAGGUACACCCAUGCCGUGCUUCCCUUGAUGCAGUCCUCAGCUGGCGCCCCAAUCGCUCGCAAAACAACAGCGGCCGUCCCGGCUCCCCUGCGUUGACCGCCAGUCGCGGCGACCACGGCAGCACCGCUCCGAUGUCGGAUAUGCGGUUUGCCCUCCUCACCACGCUCAUCUUAACCUGCGCCUACGCUACUGCUCUUUCCGUCAGCAGCCUUGACCGCAUGCUUGCAUUUGUCGGCAGCACCGGCUCCACCUCGAUCAGCUUCAUCCUACCCGGCUUGUUUUACUACAAGAUUAGCGACCCCGACAGUAUCCACCACCAACGCCUGCUCAAGGAAGACGAUGACAUGGAAGAUUCCACGUCGGAUGUCGAGGAGUCAGCGGCCCUGGCGCAGAACCCUGCGGCCCCUGGUCCCUCUGGUCCACGAGGCGUCUGGCGCUGGCGCAAGAAGUGGCGCUGGGAUCUCGAGCACAUUGAUCACGAGGUGAUCCGCAAGGCUGCCCUGGUCUUGGCCGUAUAUGGCGUUGUUGUCAUGGCCGUUUGUUUGAUAAUGAACCUUUUUUUCACAACAUCGCAUUAG